ACAAUAAUCUUCAACUGUUCUCAUCCUCAGGUUUAUUCUGGAACUUGUCCAGAAAUGUGUUCUGUCAGACAGUCUUGUUCAUCAUCUGCGUCAGCCCUUUCCAUAUUUCUCCCAUGAUGCCCAGCUUGCGUUCGGCUUUCUCUGCCACACGCAGCACCAGCAUGUUGGGUGGCUUUCAGCGAGUCGUGACCUUUGACCACCUGCUUGUCAAUGUGGGUGGUGACUUUAACCCGGACACAGGCCUCUUUCGUUGCCGGAUCGCUGGUGCUUACUACUUCACACUGACAGUAGGAAAGUACCCCAAGAAGUUGCUGUCUGUGAUGCUGGUAAAGAACAAACAGGAAGUGCAGGCUAUGGCUUAUAAUGAGUACAGGAAACAAAGCCGGAAGGUACAGAGCCAGAGUGCCAUGAUUAGCCUGUUGCCCAUGGACACAGUAUGGCUGCUGGUGCAGCAGAACCCAAACUACGCCCUUUACAGCACUACAGCUCCUUAUAUCACUUUCUCUGGCUAUCUAGUAUACCCAGAGUCUACAUCCUCUAUGGGAUACCCAAGCAACCACCUUGGCCCUGAGUGCCUGCCCCCUGGAGAUCCCAGUUAUAACUGGAGAGAAGCCACUGAAUAUCUCAGGUCUGCAUUUUCAGUAGCUCGGACAUCCUCUUUGCUGGGAGAAAGCAGUAGACAUGACAAGAGGGAGGCACUGACAUUUGAUGUGGAGUAUGUCAACAUCGGUGGCCAUUUCAACAAGUCAUCUGGCUACUUCACGUGUCGAGUGCCAGGAGUGUACUUCUUUGCAUUCACAGUGGGGAAGCACCCUCGACGGGCUGUGUCAGUGAAGUUAAUGAAAGGGACAGGUGAGGUGCAGGCCAUGGUGUUUGAUGAGGAUGCAUCACGAAAAAGAGAGAUGCAGAGCCAGAGUUUGUUGUUAGUACUGAACCAAGAUGACGUCAUUUGGCUUUACAGCCAGCAAGAUGAGCGCUACGCUGUUUACAGCAACCAGGGACGCUACACAACCUUUACAGGGUUUCUAGUGUACCCCAAGUCUGAUUUCAUGAACAAGGAAAGAACUUUCCAGUGA